AUGCCGAAUGUUUUACUGAACUUUACCAGGCCAACAGUUUCUAUCAGUUUAGCAUCUGAAGCAUUGAAUGUUAAAGUAUAUUGUGGGAUAUUUUUCCUGGAAAAAGAAAAUUCAAUUAACAAGAUAAUUCUCAGCGAUAAGGUCCACAGAUCAGGAUAUUAUGUCAUUAUUCUUGAAAUUAAGAAUAGGAAAUCUCUCAAAAACAUCUUCAAAGUUUUCUGGAAAAAUUUCUUUUUCAACAUAAAUGUUUUGGGAAAAGAAAAAGUUUUACAAAAUAUUUCCUUGUUCACUUUCUUACCUUUCAACGGAGCAAUUUGUGGUGAUGUUUCGCCAGUGAUUAUCAAUGAAUUCAAUGAAAAUUAUAAUGAUUGGUCAACAAAUGAAUAUUUUCCUAAAAAGCUCAAAAAUCUCAAUCAAUGUCCAAUAAGAAUCGGAAGUCAUUCGAAUCCCCCAGCAGUUAUUGAUCGUAAUGAAUCUUCAGUGAACACUUAUGGUGGUAACAUGAUUGACUUUGUAAGGAUGCUUUCAUCAGUAUUAAACUUCAAGAUUGAUUUUCACUUAUACUCAGUCGGAGCUGGAGCUUUUGCAAAUGGAACAGCUACUGGUUUAAUGGAAAAGGCUUAUUCAAAUGACGUUGAUCUUAUUAUCGGUUUGUUAUCAUUACAACAAAUACGAAUGGAAUAUUUAAGUGAAACAAGAGCUUUUUAUCACGAUGAUAUCAUUCUUGUGGUUCCACCUCCCCCGCUCAUUCCGUCGAUAAGGAAACUUUUCAUGCCGCUUGAUUUUUAUUGUUGGGUUGCUUUGCUAUUGAUACUUUUAAUAUCAAGUAUAAUUCUUACGAUAUUAAAGAUUCUCCCGAAAAGUUAUCACAACUUAGUCAUUGGAGAGAACAUCAAAAAUCAAUACUUGAACAUCUUGGAAGUUCUUUUCGGUGAAAGUCAGAAGAAACUUCCUGUUAAAAAUUUUCCAAGAUUCAUUUUGAUGUCAUUUAUGGUUUUUUGUCUCAUCAUGCGCACCUGCUACACUGGUUCCUUAUUCAAUAUCCUCAAAAAUGACAUUAGCUCUAAGAAAAUUAAAAGUAUUGAAGAGCUGAAUCAAAUGGACUAUAAAUUUAUAAUUUACGAUACACUUGCAGCAAGAUUGAAUGAUAAAAAAUUUAUGAAACGAGAAGUUAUUUCAUAUUCAAAAGUAGAAGAAUAUUGUCGAAUGACUUUGGACCCAUCAUUCAAAGGUGCAGUGUUUGGAUAUCACUCAACAAUUUCCUAUCAAAAUUUGUUGAAUCGCAAAGAAUAUUCGGUCAACAUACUUCAAGAACCGCUUGUCUCAAAUCAAAUUGUUUCAUACUUCACUAAGAAUUUUUACAUGGUAAAUGAAUUUAAUGAAAAGAUCAGUCAAUUUAAAGCAAGCGGAUUGAUCAAUUUUUGGAUUUCAAAAUAUUUUAAUGAAGAUGGUGAGAUUGAUCAAGAUAUGGCUUCAAGUAUCACUUUAAAACAUUUUUCUGGAAUUUUUACAAUUUAUAUUUAUGGUUUGAUUUGUUCAUUAAUUGCUUUUAUAAUUGAAUUGAUUUCAAAGAGAACAAAGCAAAGAAGACAAGUGACAGUAAGAAGAAGCAGAUUCCUUUAUUAA